CAGUGCUCCCGCAACCACGAGACGUUCGACUCUCUCGCCCUCAUCUUCAUCAAUGGCGUCCUCCUUCCUCGCUGAUUAGGGUUAGGGUUUGGGCUUUAUCAAUGGGGAGCGAGCUCAAGAGCCUCACUGGGAGCAAUGGCUCCCUAGCGCAGCACGAGGACUCCCCACGCGGAGUCUCUGGGGCGUUCAAAGAUGAGCGGCCGCUCCUUAAAUCGGAUUCCAACGCCGGAGUAGCCGAAUCGACGGAGAGCAUCGAGGAGAUGGAGAAGAAGUACGCGCCAUACGUCCGCCAUGACGUCUACGGGACGAUGGGGCUAGGUCCGUGGGAGACGAAGGAGAAGGUGCUGUUAGGGAUUGCGUUGUCGAUCCUCGUGCCUAUCCGAUUGGUGAUUGGGAUGUUGAUACUGGUUUUGUACUACUUGAUUUGCCGGAUCUGCACGUUGUUCUCUGCUCCGAAUAGGGAUGAAGAGCAGGAGGACUAUGCUCAUAUGGGUGGGUGGAGGAGAACAACGGUUAUCAAUUCUGGGAGGUUUCUAUCCAGGGCGAUGCUGUUCACUCUUGGGUUUUAUUGGAUCAGCGAGUCUCACCGGAGCUCAUCAGAUCAGGGUGAAAGCACAGGAUUGCGUGAUGAAUCUGAAAGACCAGGGGCGAUUGUGUCUAACCAUGUGUCUCAUCUAGAUAUUCUUUAUCACAUGUCAUCAUCUUUUCCGAGUUUUGUAGCGAAGCGUUCAGUGGCCAAGCUUCCCCUAGUUGGUCUUAUCAGCAAAUGCCUUGGAUGUGUCUAUGUUCAAAGAGAAUCAAAAUCUUCAGACUUUAAGGGUGUUGCAGGUAUUGUGACACAAAGAAUAAUUGAGGCUCAUCAGAAUGAGCUAUCUCCAAGGAUGUUGCUGUUUCCAGAGGGUACGACAACAAAUGGAGAUUUUCUCCUUCCCUUCAAGACAGGAGCUUUUCUUGCAAAAGUGCCAGUUCUUCCCGUAAUUGUGAGAUAUCCUUACAGUAGAUUCAGUCCAGCAUGGGACACCAUAUCAGGGGCGCGUCAUAUCUUUUUACUUCUUUGUCAAUUUGUCAAUUAUAUGGAGGUGGUCCACUUGCCUGCUUACUAUCCUUCAGAGGAAGAAAAGGAGAAUCCUAAACUCUAUGCUAACAAUGUUCGAAAAUUAAUGGCUGUAGAGGGUAAUUUGACACUUUCUGAAAUCGGACUGGCCGAGAAACGUAUCUACCAUGCAGCGCUGAAUGGUAAUAGUCUACCUCGUGCUUUACAUCAGAAAGAUGAUUGAAAACCUCUUGACCUCACUCACAAGACGUCUAUAGUCAGUUCGAGUAUAUUUCAUGCAUUUACAUGUAUUCAGACAUUUAUCAUUUUUCUGGUUUGUUUUAAUCGAAGAUGGGUGCUAUGCAUGUUCUUAUACCUAUAAACGUUGGUCAUUGAUGAAGAAACUUUAUAUCGAUAAAUCGUGUACAGAUUUGGAAUACUGGUAUCAUUUAAUGAAUCAUUUACCGUUCUCCA